AUGGCCCUGACUUGUCCCUCCCCCCCCCCCCCCCCCGCGAUUGCUCCUUCCAGCCCAGGUAGGAUGAACAUUGGAACGAUUGACCUCUACUUGAACAAGUUAGGAGCCAGCCCCAAAAUGGCGUACCAGGACGAAGAGCGUGAGAACGAAGCUUGGAGCGUCUACCUGGAGAGGAAGAACAUGGUGCUGGAGUUCCUCCACGCGGACCUGAGCCAGCACCUCCUCCGACGGCACCACAAACGGAUCGAACUCCUCAAGAAGUGCUCCUACUACCUCGAAAUCCUGCCCAAGCACCUGGCCCUGGGGGAUCAGAACCACCUCAUGCUUCCCACCACCAUGUUCCAACUCAUUGAUCCUUGGCGCUUCCAAGGUGAAAAAGUGGGCACCAUCCAGACUAAGAUUCAGCUGCUGCUCCUGUCUGACCUGCUCGGAGAAUUAGAGAGAGGUCGGGAGGAGCUCGUCCACCUUCUGGAGACAAACGACAUGAUGACUUUCCUUUCCAGGUGGGACGCGGUCAAGCAGAAGCUGUCCACACUUUCGGAACAGAUGGAUUACUUCCUGGCCAUGCUGGUCCCCGGACGGUUGUACAUCAAACACCGGCUGGUCUCCGACGUUGGGAUCACCAAAAUCCCACACAUCAGGCUAAUCCUCACUACCAAGAUGCUGAUGUUUGACCGGAGGGAAUCGGUGGCCCACGAGGACUGGGUCAGCCUCAAAUGGUUGGUCACGAGUCAGCAGUCCCAGCUAGACCAGUUUGAACUCCAGUUCCGGCUGUUGGAGCCCAGAACUCCUCAAGAGCGAGUCCAGUGUGGAAUUAUGCCGGUCACCUCCAACACGUGUGAAAUCCACAACCUCUUGUCUGACCGACUGUAUAGGUUCACCGUCCGAAGAGCCGAAACGUACAUGCUUGUUUACGAACAGUGGCGUGAUUCCAUUACUGCUUAGACUAAACUGUAUCUUGCCGAAAACGUGGGAGAGGCCACCUCACAACCCUGA